CAAUAUAUUAUAGAGAAUACACACACGUAUUGAAUAAAGAACAUUGUAGACGAAGAAGAAUCUACUAAACGUUCAGUUAGUUGUCGAUCAACGUCGUAACGGUUUCCAGCAAUCGAAAGUUCAUUAUAAUUGAAGUGAAUCAAGAAGAUUUUCGAAGCUAAUCAAAGGAGGAAGUGAAAAAUGGCACUAUCUAUAGCUCUGCCUCUGUCUGGUUUGGAAGCUGACCAUUUCACCUCUGUGGGGGCGAAAGAUUUAUAUGAACAGGGUUUGAGAACUUUGAAUGGUAUUAGUGGACCGAUAUCGCCGAGUACCGCGAGCGAAUCAAGUGGAAUCUGCAGUUUAGUACCUUCCAAUGAAUCGUCCACACCGGAUCAAACAUCAGAUUCUUCCAGACCAGAAACGCCAGAAGAAGAAGAGGCUCCGAUUCGUAUCUUUUAUAGAGAACGAGAUAUAUUAAAUUUGGGUGCGAAUCUCAGAGAACCAUUCUGGCAAAUGAGAGUCCCAACGACGCCCCGUUACGAUUACAAAAGUUUCAUAGAAAAUAGAUCGGUGUACUAUCGUUUUGUCGGAGAACAGGGACCAACGAAAGAUUAUCCAACAGUGAGUUUGCCAAUUUUAUCAACUGAAAAUGACUACUGCUGCAAUAAGGUCGGCAGUUCUACUUUCCAGUAAUUUCAACCGACCACAAUCAAAUGAAAGUGAAUCAAAAUCGAAUAAUUUUUUGACAUGUACUAUAAAUAAAUUCAUAGUCAACUAAUAUUCGUUAUAAUAAAUUUUUGCGUUUUUUCUUACUGCCUUCCUUAUUGCUGCGAAUCCUAUGACUUUUUAAUUUACAUGGCAACGCAUGGGAAAAUACUUCAAAACAAAUGAAAAAUUCAAAUCAAAAUACUUUUUUUCCUAUAAUGUCAAGUUUAAUACUAACAACAAUUUAACGGACGUCUCGUAUCGAAACAUACACUAAACUCAAUUACGUUACACGAUACACAAUUAUUUCUCUAACUAUUCACAAACUAACCUGAUUUCUUGUUAUUUCUUCGAAUUUCAGUUACUAUUACGGAUAUAAAUAACGUAUUUCGAUUAGCAGAAUUAUCCUAACUAAUUUGGAGUCUCCUUCAAGUCCUUUGCUCUAAUUAAACGUAAUAAUUCGUCUAUCCUUCUUCCAGUCUAUUCGUCUCCGAGAAUAUUUCCAUUCCAAUUACUUUCUACCCACGUGGAAUAUUUCCUCCUUCCUCUUCGGUUCUAUCGCUCUCCGCCGAUGCCUCUAAGUUUCGUCUAAGGAUUUCUAGCUUCUCUGGUUUCGUUGCUUGAUACUGAUAAAUCACUGGUAAACAGACGAUUAAACAGACUGUCCAAAACCUAAACGGACGAGAUUUUCGCCAGUAAUGGUUGUCAGGAAAUGCCGCGAUUGUUGCGCCGACAAAGGAGACUUUGCUCAGUGAUUGUGGAAAACGGUGCAACAACGAUAAUAUUCUGAUUUCUUUGACGGCCUAAAAAUCGUGAAACAAUCGACGAAAAUUAGAAGAUUUGCUAGUGGAAGAAUUAAAAUCCCAUUUGUUCGUUCAACGUACUUUGGAAAAUUUGCCUCCGAGAUCCGAUAUUCCAACAUCUUUGAUUCUGUUGUGAACUCGGCGAUAACGUGCCGCUAAAUAGUUCUGCAUUAUCAAUUUUUCUCGCUGUGCGAUAUGCUUCAGUGAUAGGAAUCGAACGAUCGAAGGAGAUAAAGGCAAAGGAAGGAAAUAAAUUUUCAUGAACUCGACAGACUCGAUCGGUCGUCUUCCUUUGCGUUAGGACUCGGCCAUUUUGUGCGUGUCGAAAAAAUCCUGAUGAAAACAAACUAGAGACAAGUCGCUCGCUGAUGAUCAUACAUAACAUCGCAGAAGGCGUGGAAACCGUUAAAUUUUUCCGAUUUCAAGCUGCGAAUUUUAAACCUUCGAAUCUCGAAUAUUCAAAUUUUCAAAUAUUUAAAUAUCAAAUUUUCAACUUUGUUCCAUAUUAACAUCAUCGGCAUUUUCAAAUGGGAAUUUUCAAAUUUCAAACUCUCCACUCUCGUACCGCGGAUUUUAAAUUUCAA